AAAGCGCAAUUACAUGUUCUGGUGAGGCUUGGAAGUUGUAUGUUGUUCGAUUAUCGGCUGUUGAUUCGCUAAUAUAAAAUUAUACAUUGCUGUUGCGACGAAGUAAUUCCUCAGGUUUCGUUACUUUCACUUCGUAUUUCCCACGUUUCUGUCGGAGAAGGAGAGCGCCUGCGACUGGUGAGCGCAUUAUUGCACGCACAUGCGCCGAACGCGUCAUACAUGCAUAGUCGAGAGGAGCUCUCCGACCUAACCUAAUCAUACGUUCUCUAUUCAAGCUUGAGCACAUGUCGAUCGAUACAUCCAGAGAAGAGUGAGCGAGAGAGCGAUUCGCCUUGUUUCUUAUAUACACAUGUAUAUAUAAAUCUACUUUCGUCGGUCUACAUGCAGUGAAAUACACACAAGAUGCAACGAGCAAGUGACAGGAGACUCGAGGUCCUUCUGACAAGCGAGGACUCGGGGGAAGGUUGCAACGCUGCGCUAUGGGAUCCCUCGAAUGGUUCUCGAUUGUCCAUCUUCAAGAACGGAGGGACUCUGAGUCGCCGCACGCUUCAGCUCCUCAACGACUGCUACCUCCUAGGUGCCGACCACACCAAGAACCGUAUACACGUGUGGCCAUUGAACAACCCGUCGCCCUUGAACAACAUCAGACUGACCGCUCCAGGUAGAGUGAGCGCCCUGACUUGCACGCCGAACGGCACCUAUAUGAUCGCCGCUGUGGCAGACACGCUAUACAUCUGGCAAGUUUGCAACGGUCGCUUAGUGGGCACCCUGAACAGGCACCUGCAGACCAUCAAGUGCUUAUCCGUCACGAAGGACGGCUCACUUUUCGCCAGCGCCGGCGAGGACGGCCUGGUGUUCGUGUGGUCGCUCUACAGCGCGCUCAACGACAAACGUUGCUCCCCCGUCCACAAGUUCUCCGACCACACUCAGCCAGUCGGUGAUGUAUACUUCGGACAUGGCGGUACUCGCGGAAGAUUAUACACGGCCUCCUUAGACCGGACGGUCAACGUCUACGAGAUGGGCAGCGGCGUCCGCUUGGUCUCCAUAGUGUUCCCCGUGCCGCUCACGGUCAUCGCCGUGAACAUUACCGAUAGCGAGCUCUUCGUGGGCUGCGUUACCGGUGACAUAUUACAGUGCAACCUGCACGAACCACCACGUGGCAUCGAGCAACAUGUGAGAGCGAGCGACGACGACGCCGGGAGGAACGCCGUGUAUCGAGCCCACAAGUCUGAGAUCACUGCUCUCUCGGUAUCGGUGGACUGUCGCACGCUGGUGUCGGGCUCUACCGAUAAAGCAGUUCACAUAUGGGACAUUGUCAGUCGGCUCGUACUCAGGACGAUCGAGCACAAGGGAUCAGUUACCGCCGCAUUCCUCGCACCGGCAUUUGAGAAUUUCUUCGCCACCACGCUGAAGCCGAGUUUGGAAUUGCGGAACCUGCAGCAGACCGCCUCGGACGACAGUAGCAGGUGCGUCAUCGAGGUUAUCAACAGAAGUUGGAACCCCAAGGAGUUCCUGGACUUCAAGUCUUUCAUGGAUGAGGAGCCGGGUGAACCCGGCAUAUCUGAGGAUACGGACGCGAAGCAGAAUAUGGCCGCGGAGUAUGAGAAGCUGAAGCAGAUUAAUAAGAAUCUAUUUCAGUACGCCGUCGCGAAUACUUUGCGAAAGGCAAACGGCAGGCAGGCGGGGGAUUGAAGGGUGGACUCAUCCGUUCUCUUUGAGAUCAAGACUGACGCGAUGAUUAUGUAUUAUACAGGAUGAUUCACAGAGAAAAAAGUAAAAUUAAAUCUAUCGAAAAUUCCAUUGUCGUCGCAGUAAAGUCACACGCCUUGAUAAGAAGCGACUUUUGAGAAAUCAAGACAGGACAGAAUGGGAAGUCACUUAUUUGUAACUUAGUUCAAAUUUUAUAAUUUUUGUAACUAUAUAAGUACUAAAAAUAGGAGCCGUAUCCAUAUAUAUUUUUUACUCAAAACAACUUCCCAAAUAAUUUGACAGUUUUUCUUUCCUGAGUCACACCUUGUGUAUAAUGUGCAGUACCUAAUUGAAAAAAGGAAACUGUUCGACCAUUCUGAGACACCCUGUAUAUAUCUUGUACAGAAAUAUUUAUAUCCAAUAGAAAUAAUGAAUAAUUUUUCUGCGCAAAUAUGUUCUCCGAGGAUUUUUUAAUUUACGAUAAAAAGAACUGAGAAAUUUUUUAUGUGAGAAUAUUUAUAUCUGCGAGCCAUUUUUAUAUGCUUUUCCAUAAAAAGUGUAAAAUAAUAUUACAGAAAUUUUUAUAACAGACAUAGAUGCACUUUGCCGUUUUGUUGCCACUCUUUCAUUUAUUUAUUUCUACUUUGAGAUAUUCAAAUAUUUACACAAGUCAAAACAUUAUUUGAUAUUUGCGGCUACUUCCGAAAGAGUCCACUUUUCGAUUCUUAUAAAAUUUAAUGAAAUUUUCUCAGUUAAAUGUAAAUAAAUAUAUUUAAAGUUUCCUUGGCAUAAAGAAGAUUAAUUGAGAUAACGUUAAAAUAAUGAGUAACAAUUAUCAUGCCACAUAGAUAUAGAAUAAUCUUAUCCUUGAGAUAUACAGAGAAAUAUUCUGAAUAAUAUAUAUGUAUAAUUAAAUAGGAGUCGCUUCUAAUACUUAAAUUGUCAUUUGGUGUCGUGAAUAAUGUACAUUUCGAACCAAUACGUUAAGCAUAACAAAUAUUUUUGUAAAUAUAACAAAAUACAUUGUAAAGGAUAUAUUUCAUAGAAAUUUAUAAGAUAGCUGGGUCUAGGAAACGAUGCGACAUCUGCAUGCAUGUAAAAAAAGGCAUUACGAUAUUGCGAAAUUUCUACAUGGAACGUCAUACCCAGUAUUAUAAUGAAAUGGACGGUUUCUUUUGAUUCAUUGUAAUUACUGUUACCAAUAACAAUCUUUCCCACUGAAACGUCAUUUAUGCCGAUGAGAGUGAAUAAAUUACAAUAGCCAAUCAAUUUAUAAUGAUAUAAGAUACUUUUACAUUAAUACACUAAUUAAAUAUCACUUUUGAUAUGAAAUAAUACAUUUACCAAGAUAUUUUUGCAAAUUAACUGAUAUUUGAUCGAUAACUCGUACAGCCGUCGCGUAGAAUCAAAUAAAACAAAAUAUUCAGAAAAAUAACCUUUUUUUUUCAGUGCACGUAACAUCUCUGAGGUAUGCAAUUUGCAUGCUGUGUUGCGUAUUAUGUUUCUUUAUAUUACAAUGCUGUAACAAUACAUGUACCUGUGUUCACUGGCUACUGAGUAAUUUAUAUUCCAAUUACGUAAUCUUUCACACACACACACACACACACACACACACAUACA